GAUUUGAGCUGACUUGGGAACCCUAACAGCUGAUAAGUGGCACCUCAGUGUUUUCUUCACCCAAGCUAAUCUACACUAGAUUUUCUUGAAAAACUCGAUUACUGGCUGGAAGGAAAGACCAAAACACCCAACAAAUAAAGCGUAGAUGACUGGGACACGAUUGGAUGUGAAGGGAGGCAAUAAGUAGUUAAAAUGGACACCGCAUCACCGAGAGAAGGCCAGAAGAACGCGAAUCCCAUUGAGGCAUUGAGCAAAGAUGAAAUCAUCAACAAAUACAAGGGCCUGUUAAACAUUGCUAAAAAAGCAAAACAGGCGAAAGAUGAACUCACCGAGGAGAAUCGCCUGUUGAAGGAAGCUCUCAAAAGAGCGGCGGAGAAGCAGAGCAGCUUACCGGCCAUGCAGGAGAUGCUGCAGGACUUUACCGAUAAGAAUCUAAUUCUUACCGAACAGCUCAACAGCUUGAAAGCCAAGAAUAAGGAGGAUGCUCAGCGGAUGGGACAACUGGAGAUUGAAAACGAGAGUCUGAAACGACAGCUGGGCAGGCUGAGUGAUGAAAAUGAUGAGCUUCUGGCGGAUGUGGAACGAAUGGAGAAGGCUAUGCACCAGGUUAACCUUCUGGGCAACGAGCAGCGUAAGAACUUGGAGCUCUUGGAAACUGACAUUGAAAAAAUCAAGAAAGCAGAAGCGGAAAACAACAAUUUACGACAACAACUAGCUACAGUAUCCGAAGAGUCUGCACUGCUCCAAGAAAAGUACCAAGGACUUAAGGAAAUCAAUUCGGAACAGCGCAAAAAGUUCAACUCCCUAAAGGAUCGCUUCAUUGAUGUCCACCGUAAACUUAAGGGUCUGAAGGAGUGCAAAUGUGUGCUUCUAGAGACUCAGCACGAAUACGCUGCCUCUGUAUCCAAAUGGCAAGUGGAGAUUAUCAAAGCUUCACAGUUACUGUGCUCGAAGAUGACGUCCCUGCAGGCCGAGAAUGAGAAACUGAAGCAGAGCACGGGCACGGAAUCAUCUAGUAACGGACCUGAUAGGAAGCGUUUGCUGUUGAGGAUUCACGAUCUUGAGCGGUUGGCAAAGAUUGUGAAACAGCAACAGCAGGAGCUGCCGAAAAGCCAACUCGAUGUAGAACAUGUUCUCAACAAGCUAAACACCAUUGAAAAACUGGCAGCGAUAGUCAAAGAACAGCAGAACGUAAAUAAAGAGCAACGAGACCAGAAUACAGAUCAGCAUUCUAACGAAUUAGAUUUAAGCUUAUUCCAGCAGAAAAACCAAGAACUGCAAGACCAUAUCGAAAGCCUUGAAAAGGAGUGCAAUAACCAGAGGAUUAAAAUUCAGGAUCUAGAGGCCAUAUGCGUGGAGCUGCGGCAACACAACGAAGAUUUGCUUGCUCGGUUCGGCCUUAAAGAACAAGAAAAUGAUGAAUUGCUUGCUGAAAUGCGGGAAUUGAACGAAGCGCUGAAGGGACGAGGAGAUGCAAUCUCACGGCUUCAGGAGCAGCACGAAGCGCAGGCCAAGCGAGAACACGAACUGGAGGAGCAACUUUCAAUGUCUCAGCAAGCGACGCUGGAAAAGUCACUGAAACUAGAUCAGCUUCAGGGUAGAAUCGACGAGCUGGAACAGGCGAAUGCGGAUGCCCAAAGUGAUGUACUGUCGACAUCUACAAUAUCACGCGCCGAAGAACUGAGUCGCCUGCGUGAACUAGAAGACGGUUACGAGGAAAAGUAUCACAAGUUACGCGCUCUGGCCGCCAAACUAAAGAAGAAACUCCAGGAGCAGACGCAACAGCUCCAGGAGAUGGAGCAAGGGGGCGCACUCAAGCAGGAACUAGAGGCCGUCAAAAUGGCCCAGGUUCAGUUGCAGCAGGACCUUAACGCCGCCCGAGCCGAGAACCAGAAACUCCGUUCCAAAGAAAAGGCAAAGCAUUCCCAUUCAAACAAUGUUCUUAAUCUCGAAAUCGAAGCGGCCGAAAAGUCCCUGGCCGAUGUAAGUGCCAAGCUAGCUGCAAAGUCUAAUGAGCUCGAAGCCGUCAAGGAAUCCCUGACCAGCAGGGAAAACACUGUCGCACAGCUUCGCAAGGAAAUCGCCAUUCUGGAGGAGGCCAAGAACGGGGAGGCAGAGCAUUCCCGCCAACUGAAGGAGCAGAUAAACCGGAUGCAGGUGCAGGUGAAGGAUGCUGUUCAUGGCAAGCAGCAGGCUCUGAACCAGAACAAGGAACUGGAACAAGGUGUGGAAAAGGCAAAAAUGGAAGCGGAGCAGCUGCGUCUACAGCUGGCGGAGAGCGCCCAGCAGUAUGAAUCAAAGCUGAUGAACGAAACCCAACUGCUGGAAGCUCGGACAGUGGAGCUUGAAGCCCACAUGGCGGCCCACAACGACUUGGAAAAUGCUUUAAAAACUGCGGAGAGAGCACAAGAGGAUAUGCGGGUGGAGUACACAGAAUACAAGCUAAAGGCUCAAGCGGUGCUGCGCAAAAACCAGAACAAGGGCUCGAAUCGGGAGCAGGAGCUGGAGGAAGAGCUGACUUCUUUUCGGGAAAGCGAGCGGAAGCUAAGGGAGAGCAACGAUGGCAGGGCGGCGCGACUGGCUCAACUGGACGGACAACUGGAGGCCAUGCAGCAGGACAACGCCGCACUGCAGAAACGAAGCAAAGAACUCUCAACAUUGGUUGACGAACUGCGCCAACAGAAUGAUCUACUCACGCUAGAAAAUCAGCGCCAAAUGCAAUUCCAGCAGGACCUGAUGCAGAAGCAUCGGCUGCAGGUGGACCAACUGGAAGCCGCUCACCAAACGAAAGUAAAGCAGUUGCACCAGCAACUAGAAGAGUCUCAUAAGGAGCAAGCCAACGCCUCCAAUCACAGCAACACUUCCGGCUUCAGUGGCGAACCAAGUCCGGAGCAGGCAAAGAUUGACUAUCUGCUGCAGGAUCAUGAUACAAGUCUGGAUGCCUCAGCCGGUGAGGUCUCUCUUGCGCAACUGGCGGCUCAGCGCAAAAUCUCCACUGCCUCUCGCCGAUCACACGAUUUUAUGCCACUGGAUGAGCUGCUAAACACGUCCAUGAACCAAAUAACCAGCGACACAGUGACCACCAUCUCCAAUUUCGGACGCAGCGUUUCCCAGCCGGAGGAAGACGACAUGGGAGAUUAUGCUGUACAGAGUGCCCAACUCCAGGCCACCAAAGAGCGUCUGGGAAUACAGGAGAGUCGUAUAAAGCAUCUGACUGCUUUAUUGGCCGAGAACGAGCAGGACUUGGCCAAGCUGACCCAGAUGAACGACAUGCUCAAGGAGGAACUGCGCCGCCAGGAGCGAUCCGAGGAGCGGGAACAGCACAUGCACAACUCGGAAUAUCUGAAGAACGUUUUCAUAAAGUUCCUUACAUUAAACAAUGCCGAUGAGCGACAGCGCUUGGUGCCCGUCCUAAACACCAUUCUCCGGCUAAGCCGCAACGAAAUGGAGAUGCUGAACUGUGUGGCAAAGGGCCAGAAAGUAUCCCCAGAUGGCAGCACUAGGAGCUGGACAGGAUUCCUUACGGCGUGGGGAGGAAAUAACAAUAACAGCAACUAAAUGUAGCCGUGGAGUUGUAUUAUCUUGUAUAGCUGGUGUUACUGGGAUGUGUUCCUCCCGUUGGCCAGUUGCGUACCAUACGUUCUGUAAAUCUUGUACAAUUAUGUUUUAUAUUAAUGUAUUUUAAAAUUACCCGUUGCUGUUUUGGCACAUCGUACUUUGUA